CAGCUGCAAUUGUGGAAGAAGAGAAAGCGUGCGCAUGUGAGAGAGACUCAGAGACUACUAGAUGGAGAGAGAGAGAGAGGGAUAUAGUGAGAGAGUGAGACAGACAGACAGACAGAGAGAGAGAGAGAAGGCUGAAGCACAGAGAGUGAAGUAAAUAAAGAAAGACAGUAGUGGCGCAGUGCUUCUCUGUCUACUGUAGAUGUACAAUUAUGUUGUCUGUGGAGAUAGUGUGAUACCAGGACUAUACAUUUGCUAUCGCACCCAAUUGUCUCCUAUCAGCUGGAUUUACUCAGAAAAGGACAUCAAUGACCAUUGGACCAUUUACUUGUUCACAAUAUAGGCACUAAAGGUGGACUUUAAACAAGUGCAGUGACAAUGCAGGCCGGUGGUAGCUGGUUCCCUGCAGGAAGGUGAGGUGCCGUAGGUACCUCCGCUCUCUCUGGAUAUCGAGGGGUCCCCGGCGUACACAGUACUGCGGUUCUGGACUUGUUUAGGUUUUAGUUGGGCUAUUUUAAAAACCGGAGCAUCUCUCAGUCCAGCACAUGGGCACCAGGAGCACAAAGUUCUCCUAGUAGUGAGGUUUGUCCUGGGCCUCGUCCGGACUACCAUGCCUGAUCUCCUGGCCAACCUGAGUGUUCCAUGGGGCACACAGGCGAUUGUGUGCCCCAACCUGACAGCAGCUGCCCUGGUUGUGCCGGGGUCAGAUAAGACUCUGGCCCCCUUCUGCACCUUCUGCUGCUGUGGCCUGCUGAACCGUACCCUGGCCGUGGUGUUUAUGGUCAGUCUGGCCUUCGCCAUAGUGGUGGGCAACGUGGUCACGCUCACCGUCUUCAUGCAGACAAGACAGGUCCGUACACCACAGGGAUACCUCAAAGUCUCUCUGGCCAUAGCAGACAUGAUGGUUGGAGUGGUGGUUGUUCCUUUCUCUGUCUACACUGAGAUCUCUCUGAUGGUGACCAGUUCCCCUCCUGUCUGGUACCAGGGGGGCACUGACCCCUCCAUGGGGGGCCUGGUGGGCCCCUGGCAGCCCUGCAUGCUGAUUGGUCCAGUCUUCGCUGGCUGUACAUUUGUCUCCAUCAGUACUAUUUUCCUGAUGACGGUAGAGCGCUGUGUGGCCAUCUUAUGGCCCCUUCAUAAGGACCACCUGGUGACACGGAGACGUACCCUGUUUCUCAUCCUCUUCUCCUGGGCAGGCAGUUUCCUCCUGGCCCUGGCCCCCCUCAUCCUCAGCAACAACUUCACACUGGAAUACAGUGAGUGCAGCCGGAUGUGUAACUACGUCCCCCUGUGGGAUGGAGUCACGCUGCCCUCUGACGCCAACAUCCUCCUGCUGUUCCCUGUGUUUGACUUCACGCUGCUGGGCGGCACCCUGGUAUUCAACAUCCUGUCCUUCACCAGCAUUCGCCACUACACACGCAAACGUAAGCUCAUGUCAGAGGGGAAUGUAGGGGUCGAGGGAGGGGGAGGCGGCUGCCAACAUAGACCCUCCUUCUCUGACAUCAAGGCCGCCAAGACGAUCAGCAUUCUGACGUUUGCCUUCACGGCUUCCUUCACCCCUAUCGCUGUGUUUGUGCUGGGCAACGUGGUGGGCUUCACCUGGUGCAACUUCUCCUUUGUAGCCUUCUGGAUCCUGACUGGGAACAGCUGCUGUAAUGUGAUAAUAUACAGCGUGAGAGACCAGCGCUUCAAGAAAGGAGUGACUCUGCUUUUUCAGAGAGAGCACUCACCUUCCCAUGGGGAGAAAGGCGGAGCUACACCACCCCCACCUACCUUGUGACUACACCCCAAACCACACCUCCUCUAUUUUGAAAAGACAAACAGUGCCCUUUCCUUUCACUUUACUAUGGAGAGAGGGAUUUAAUCGGCAUUUAACUUCAGGUAAAACAACAACAAAAAAAUACACAAUUAUGGAAAAUUAAUUGUUUCCAUUUUUUUUCACUGUGUUUAAAUAAUGAAACAUAACUGUAGCUGACCUAUGCGGUAUCUAGUAGUUGCCAGUUAUUCCCAGCAUCAUUUAAAUCAUAUGACUCAAGCUGUCUCAUUGGACUAGGUGAGAUAUCUGUGGGGGAUAUCUUCAUAACAUGCACUUUAUCAUAGAGUUGUAAGUAAUGUAUGGUUUUCAUUUGUUUUGUGACAUGUUUUGUGACUAUCCAGAAACGUGUUAAUUUUGCACAAUUUUCUC